AUGCACCUCCUGCUACCUACCGUACUCCUACCUACAGUACUCCUCUUGAUCUACACCCAACCCACUCAACAAUGCGCCACCAACGGCCUAUGCGGCUACCAACCGACAUGCGGCGCGUACGCGCCGCAACCCCCGCCCAGUUGCUCAUGUCAACGUAGCUACGGUUGCGGCAGCUACGGUUGCUACCGUAUGCGCGCGCGCGGCUCCAAAUCCUAUCAACCGAAGCGGCAGCGAGGACCGCGCGUGAGCUCUGAGAGCUCCGCGAGCAGCUCACGCGAAGACCGCGAGGUCUUGCGCCAACGAUUGGCUAUGGAUCGAGUGAGGCGGAAGGAGCGGUUGAGCGAGGCGGAAGAGAUUCUCCUUGUUGCGCCGAGUGUGGCCCGAAACAGACGUAUGGAUGGACCUGUGGUGAGUUAGGCCAGAUUUCAGGCUGAAAUUUGGGCUCGUCUUAAAAUUUGACGAAUUUUGACACCAAACACGGUAUAUCUAGGCUAUGACGUGGCAUUUUCAGUGAUUUUUCAGCCUGAAAUUAACAAAUUUCAGACCCUGUUUUUUGCAGAACCCGGAUCGCGCAUUCUACGAAUGCUGUUUGGACCGAAAAUUGCCGGAUGCCUGCCUUCAAAAAUGCCAAUUUUCUACUUUCACUAAGCAAGCGGUAAGUCUUAAGGUUCUUAAAGUUCUUGAGGAGCUCCAGAAUUUACCCUAACAUCCUUAAGGUCAUUAAGAACUUUAGCAGCUUUCUUCAGCUUGUUAGAACCUACCUUAACUUUCCUAAUGCCCUUAAGAAGCAAAAAGCCUCUUUAAGCUUCUUAGAACCUAGCUUAUUCCCCUUAAGGUCCUCAAGAACCUUAGAAGCUUUCUGAACUUACUUUAACAUCAUAAAGAUUUUCAGAAACCCUAAAAACUUUUUUUUUAAUUUACCAAGGUUCUUAAAAAUCUUAGAAGCUUACUAAAAGCAUUUAAAAUUUACCUUAACUUUUCCAAUGCCCUUAAGAACUGAAGAAGCCUCCCUAAGCUUUCUAGAACUUACCUUAACCUAAUUAAAAUCCUUAAGGAUCUUAGAAGCAUCUUUAGGCUUUCUAAAACUAACCUUAACAUCCUAAAGGUCCCAAGAUAAUUCUAAAAAAUUGCUAAACUAAUCUUCUAAAAAUUAAGUCUCUAAGAGCAUUAGAUAUUUUCUAGAAGUGUCUAGAGUUCCUUAAGGAAGGCUUUAGGCUUUCUAAAAGCUACCUUAACUUUUUAAGGCUACUUGAGCAUUAUCAAGGUACUUAGAAAUAUUCUUAACCUAAUUGAGAUCCUCAAGAAUCUUAGAAGCUUCUUAAAGGCUUUUGAAAGUUACCCUAACUUUUCUGAAAUUUCUAAGAACUUUCUGAAAAUCCAUAAAAUUUACCUUAAGCUCGUUAAAUUUCUCAAAAACCAUAACAGUUUUGUUAAAAUCCUUAAUAUGCUUUUUAGCCUAAUUAAGCUUCUCAAAAGUUACCUUAACUUCCCUAAAGUCUCUAAGAACCUUAGAAGCUUCCUGAAGGUCCUUGAAAGCUACCUUAACCUUCUUAGAUUCUUGGAGGCUUCCAGAAGCCUUCAGAAGCCUUCAGAAGCCUCCAGAAGGCUCCAAAAGCCUCCAGAAGCCUCCAGACUCCCAAAUUUUCCAGCUCACCGCCAUGUACUUCAAACAAGACGCUUGCCCACUCGCCGCAAUGUCCGAAAUGCAAUUCUGCGCGGCUCAAGGCCGCGAUCAUCGCGCGUGUUGCGCGCGAAACGGCGUGACAACGACUUUGGCCGGCGAAAAAUGUCUGAAUUUCUGCGAUCAGCGAUUGGGACAUCCACAACAGUUGGAUAUGUCAUUUGUGCCGUGUUUUGAUCGAUUCGAGUCGAUGAAGAGCUGCUUUUGGCACGAUUUGACUAGGUAUUAUAAGGCUUAG